UAACGCCAGUCAAACUUUCAUAAGACUCUUAGGGGUCACUGUACGUCCAUGUAUCCAUGUGUCUUGUCCAAUUCAGCAAGUAGAUGGCGUCUUCCCACAACACAGGCGCCUCAUCCCUCCAGAAGAUAGCUGAGUCACAUCUCCACGCGCGCUCAUUGAAGACACUCACGAGGCUGUAUUUCGCGGGGUCUCGCGCUCAAACAAGAUGCUGACGAUCACUCUAAAGACCCUCCAGCAGCAGACUUUCAAAGUGCAGGUCGACGAGGAGCUGACGGUAAAGGCUCUAAAAGAGAAGAUCGAAGAAGAAAAGGGGCAAGAUGCUUUUCCAGCUGUUGGUCAAAAGCUAAUCUAUGCAGGCAAAAUUUUGAAUGACGAUAUACCUCUAAAAGAAUACAAGAUAGAUGAGAAGAACUUUGUCGUGGUGAUGGUUACAAAGCCCAAAUCUGCAGCACCUCCACAAGCUCCUGCUCCUGUGCCAGCAGCUGCCGCUACCGUUAGCGCAACUGUCGACGAAACCCCUGCACAUCAGCCCUCAACUCCUGCUGCACCUCCUGCUGUCUCCACAGUGCCUGUAUCGACCUCUACUCCCGCUCCCGCUCCCAUAGAACCAGCGGCAUCAGCGGAGCCACCCGUGCCGCCCAUCACAGCGCCCCCUGCUGCCUCGGAGGCUGCAGCAGAAAAGCCUGAGCCUGUUAGCGUGACUCCCACACCGAUCUCAGAAGAAGAGAAACAGGAAGCCCAAGAGGAGCAGGCCAUUGCCCAACCAGAGGCCAGCAUUACAGAUGAAUUUGGUAUUUUAGAAGCAGCCGCGUCCAUACUAGUUACAGGUCAAGCGUAUGAGAAUUUGGUGACGGAAAUCAUGUCAAUGGGUUACGAGAGAGAACAGGUGAUUUCCGCCUUACGAGCAAGUUUCAACAAUCCGGACAGAGCCGUGGAGUAUCUGCUUAUGGGUAUUCCCACAGAACCCGAGCAGCCACCACAGGAAGUAGUGCAGCCCACGCCAGUGUCCAACCCCACCCCUCCAGCACCACAGCGACCUCAGCCACCACCUGCCACAGCCGGUGUGGAGUCGGGAGCGGCUCAGUCCUUGGCGAACCCGCUGGAGUUCUUGAGGAACCAGCCACAGUUCCAGCAGAUGCGUCAGAUCAUCCAGCAGAACCCUGCACUGCUGCCCGCGCUCCUGCAGCAACUCGGCCGCGACAACCCGCAGCUCCUGCAGCAAAUCACGCAGCAUCAGGAGCGAUUCGUGCAGAUGUUGAACGAGCCACACGCAGGUGAAGCCGGAGCUGCUGAAGCUCCCAGCGCACCACAGACCAACUACAUCCAGGUCACGCCGCAGGAGAAGGAGGCCAUCGAGAGGUUAAAAGCUCUGGGGUUUCCAGAGGGACUCGUCAUCCAAGCCUACUUCGCCUGCGAGAAGAACGAAAACCUCGCUGCGAACUUCCUGCUCCAGCAGACCUUUGACGAUGAGUGAACGUUAACCGUUUAGACGCGACGACACUCGGAGAAUGGCAACGGAGAGAAUGCAAGCGCUAGGCCGCAUGUUGCGUGCGUGUGUGUGUGCGUUAAAGUGAAUUGGACGUCGACUGGUCUUCCAUGAUGAUUUUCAUGGAGUUUAAGCUGAAGCCAUGAUGUGACGUUAUUAUCAGCACAGCAAUUUAUUUUUUAUUUUUUGGUAGAUAUAGCCAAUCCCUUACGAUGAGGUGUCCGUUGUCUGUCUGGUUUCUGCUGCUAUCUUUGCUGUGUGCGUCGAGUGAGGUUUUAUUUAUCACAGUUAAACCCUGCCAAAAAAACACUCAAGAUCAUCGCUCUUUUCUUACAAUUGUUUUUUGGUAUUAAUAAUGAGACGUUUCAGUUUAAGUAGAUGCCAAAUUUAAUUUGUUACCAAUGAAAACAAGCCUUUGAUGGAUAGACAUCAAAACAUUCAAUUGUUGCAUUUUCUCCAUUAGAAUAUUGGGAAUAUUUCAAAUUAAAUACGGCGUCUACUUAUGCCAUGUAAAAUCAUAUUUAGUGUUUACUUUUCUUUCAUUAUUAGCCUCUACUGUGUAAAAUACAAGUUUUAUGCAGUGGAUGUCACCAAACUACUUUUCAACUCAUCUGUUCCCCUAAAUCAAACCAUUAAUAUAAAAAAUAAACCACAUUUUCUGCACUGCAUGGGUAUGUUAGUAUCUUUAAACCCAUGUUUAAAAUAAGAACUAUCGAUAACGUCUACAAUCAUGACUUUUUGAUUUAAAGAAAAACAGCAUUGAUAGUUGAUAUGUGAUAAUAUAGUUGGCUCAUCAACUAGAUGUUAUUUUCAAAUUUAUUUCUGUUUCUGAUGGGCCUUACCAAAAAGAUAAUGGUAGUCAUUGCUUUCCACAGUAUAGGGGAAUAAAACGCAAUGAAAGUCAAUGGCUACCGUCAGCUGUAACCAAAAAGGUGAUUGUGGCCAUUGGCUUAUACAUAGUGUUUUUCUCCAUAUUAUGGAAGUCAGUGGCUACCGUCAACUAUUUGGUUACAGCUGACAGUAGUAUAUUAUAGUUUCCAUAGUAUAGUAUUGGGGAAAAAUACUGUGGAAUCCAAUGGCUACCGUCAUCUGUCAACUGCAACUAAACCGUUGACGGUAGCCAUUGAAUUCCGUAGUGUUUUAUUUUUCAUACUAUGAAGGGCAAUACCUACCAUCAACUGUAACCAAAAAGGUGAUGGUAGCCAUUGGCUUAUACAUAGUGUUUUUCUCCAUACUAUGGAAGUCAGUGGCUACCGUCAACUAUUUGGUUACAGCUGACUGUAGUAUAUUAUAGUUUCCAUAGUAUAGUAUUGAGGAAAAAUACUGUGGAAUCCAGUGGCUACCGUCAACUGUAACUAAACAGUUGACGAUAGCCAUUGACUUCCGUAGUGUUUUAUUUUCCGUACUAUGGAAGGCAAUAGCUAGCAUCAGCUGUAACCAAACAGGUGAUGGUAGCCAUUGACUUCCAUAGUGUUUUUUUCCAUACUAUGGAGGGAAAAGGCUACUAUCAACUGUAACUAAAAAGGUGACCGUAGCCAUUGGCAUCCAUAGUAUUUUUUCCAUACUAUAGAGCGCAAUGGCUAGUUGACGGUAGCCACUGACUUCCAAAGUAUUUUUCUCCAUACUAUGGAAUCCAAUAGCUACCGUCAACUGUAACCAAACAGUUAACAAUAGACAUUACCUUCCUUAGUAUGGGGGAAAAAAACACUAUAGAACUCAAUGGCUACCGACAACUGUUUGGUUACCAACAUUCUUUUUUUUAUUUCAUUCUUAAUUUAAAUUUUUUGUAGAAAUAUCCCUUUAUUAACUCUAAAGUUCUCAGUAGAAUCAGUUCAGUAUGCAGUAGAAACGGAAUGAUCGGUGGUUUUGAAUGGAGCCCGAAAUGCUGCAACAAUCGUAGGUCAUUUAUGUGGUGACUGAAUGUGGUCGAGUGUCUCAGCGGGUCUCGAAAACCUCCUAAAAAUAUGCAUUGUAAUUUGAAUAUUUGUACAUACCGGUAUUCAAGUGAAGGGAAAAAAAACUGUGUUGUCUUGGACUCUGUUGCAUACUUAAGACAGUGCCAAACAUAAUUAGAAAACUGGAAAUGAAUGAAAUUACAGAGCUAGCUGCAAUGCUUGAAAUGGACGCAGAAUGCAUAUAUUUUUUAUGUAAAUGAUGUGUCCUGCUCCUAUAGUGUAGUUUUGAGCGAAAAAUGCUGGAAGGGUAUUUUUAUCGAGUACGUUAAAAAAUCUAUAGGUGUUCUGACAGGUACAGGGAAGACUAAGCAUCCUGUUUACACUAGGUGAUACAGUUUUGGUUCAUUUCAGCAUUUUAUAUUCAUUUUUCUUCUUGGGGGAUUUGAUGUGUGGAGAAAGUGAACAUGGAGGUGUUUGGUCUUAAAUGCAACAGCACACAAGGGUUUGCUGAGUGAUUAAUGAAUGUAUUGUUUCAGUGGUGUGUGAAAUAAAUUGCUUUUAAAAAGCUUCAA